AUGAAUGGAAACGCAGAGGAGGUGGACCAGCACAGAUGGCAGGCAUGGCAGCUUGGGACCGAUGAGGCUGUUAGCAUCUCUCUCUCGCUGUAGCACUGUCAUCCCUAUAAUCCCAUAUAAAGAGACCAUGCCUUACCUAUGUCAUGUAUUUUUUUCACACACAUAAAAACACACACACACACACGUGCAUGCCCACACACCACUUAACCACAGACCCACCCACAUUCUCUUCCUACACACACAUACACAUACAAUGCUGUACACUCAUACCAACAUACAUGCCUCCCACCAUACACCCUCAGGCCAUCUACCCACUCCCUGUCCUCUCCACAUUCAGAUAGAAUAGUAUUUUUAUGAGCAAGUGGGUCCAACUGGCAAGAGGGUUUAUUUGAGAGUUAGAUUGUUGCUGAAUAAAAGGAUACCAGCGAGGAAUAGAAAAUGUGUUCAGUCAAAAUAGAUUUUGUACUGUGUUUUAAAUGGAGUCAUCUCAGCACUCAACAUUAAUGCAUUGAAUUGUAGUGGUUUCAGAAUAAUCGUGACUCUUUUGAAAAACCACCAGUGGUACAGUAGGCCCUAUGUUUAUCUCCAACUCGUUGUAAGCAUGUGUCAUCGGACGACCUCACUGCAGUACGUGUGUGGGUGUCAGAAAAGCUCUCUGCUUCUCUUGUCCAGCUCUCUACACAUACACACCACCAACUUUAAACCCCAGAGAAUAUCCUGCUAACUGCUCUCUAGUAACACAGGAGUUACAUAAGCACUGAUAGUAGCGUUGUACGGCGUAAACUGGCUGUGCCAGAUGCUUUUUGCCAAACUAGGCUACCUGUACAACUUCGCUCAGACCAUUAGAGUCUAGUACACAAGACAUCUGCAAGGAAUAAUCUUAAUUUAGAAUACAACAAAUCUCCUCUGUAGCUCAGUUGGUAGAGCAUGGCUCUUGCAACACAAGGAUAGUGGUUUUGAUUCCCAGGACCACCCAUAUUUAAAAAAUUUAUGCACGCAUGACUGUAAGUCGCUUUGGAUAAAAGCGUCUGCUAAAUGGCAUAUUAUUAUUAUUAUUAUUAUUAUUAUUAUUAUUACAUUAACCAGCAUUUAGUCAAACAAUCUGUGCCUGAGUUAAUUUAAUGGGCUGUAGUAUCUGUAGUCCAGAUAAUCUAAUUUUAGGCUUAAGAUCAACUUUGACUUAUUCUUAACUUCUCUAUCUAAAUUAGAUUAUUGUGCAGGUAAGGAUAACCUGUGAGCUUGCUAUUAAAUGUUAUUAAUGUAGCUGCAGUUUCAACAUGGCCUACAUUUUAGAGGAUGCUGUAAAUGUUUUUACUUUGUAUGAGUCUCUGCCAAAAAGAUAUCAACUUCCCUGAUGAUAAUUUUUACAAUUGACCCAAUAUGUUAAACAGGUAUUGUAGCUAUACUGGUUAUAACUGGUUACCCACAAUAAAAUGGAAUGGUGAAUGUGUUUGGCACUUAGCACAAAGAGACAUAUAGCCUGUUAUCUGAGAUAAGUUAAUUUGAGUAUUCCUCUUAUAGAGGAGCUAGGCCGAGUCACCUUGGUUACCCCCAUAUACAGUGCUUAUUAUACAGUUAAGUAUUCAUCCCCCUUGGAUUUCUUCACAUUUUAUUGUGUUACAAAGUGGGAUUAAAAUGGAUUUAAUUGUCAUUUUUUGUUAACGAUCUACACAAAAUACUGUGUAAUGUCAAAGUGGAAGAAAAAUUAUAUAUUUCUUUUUAAAUUAAUUUUAAUAAAAAGCACUAAUAUAUCUUGAGUCAAUACAUGUUAGAAACACCUUUGGCAGCGAUUACAGCUGUGAGUCUUUUGGGGUAAGUCUCUAAGAGCUUUGCACACCUGGAUUGUGAAAUAUUUGCCCAUUAUUCUUUUCAAAAUUCAAGUUGGUUGUUGAUCAUUCACUGUUUUCUUGGUAAGCAACUCCAGUGUAGAUUUGACCUUGUGUUUUAGGUUAUUGUUCUGCUGAACGGUGAAUUUGUCUCCCAGUGACUGGUGGAAAGCAGACUAAACCAGGUUUUCCUCUAGGAUUUUGUCUGUGUUUAGCUUCAUUCCGUUUCUUUUCAUCCUAAAAAAAACUCCCCAGUCCUUGCUGAUGACAAGCAUACCCAUGAUGCAGACACCACCAUACUUGAAAAUAUGGAAAUUGGUACUCCGUGAUGUGUUGGAUUUGCCCCAAACAUAACGCUUUGUAUUCAGGACAAAAAGUUAAUUCCUUUGCCACAUUUUUUUGCAGUAUUACUUUAGUGCUUUGUUGCAAACAGGAUGGAUGUUUUGGAAUAUUUUUAUUCUGUACAGGCUUCCUUCUUUUCACUCUGUCAUUUAGGUUAGUUUUGUGGAGUAACUACAAUGUUGUUGAUCCAUCCUCAGUGUUCUCCUAUCACAGCCAUUAAUCUCUGUAACUGUUUUAAAGUCACCAUUGGCCUCAUGGUGAAAUCCCUGAGCGGUUUCCUUCCUCUCCGUCAACUCAGUUAGGAAGGACGCCUGUAUCUCUGUAGUGACUGGGUGUAUUGAUACACCACCCAAAGCCUAAUUAAAAGCUUCACCAUGCUCAAAAUAUUCAGUGUCUGCUUUUUUAUUUAUUUUUCAUCUACCAAUCGGUGCCCUUCUUUGCGAGGCAUUGGAAAAGCUCCCUGGUCUUUUUGGUUGAAUCUGUACUUGAAAUUCACUACUCGACUGAGGAACCUUACAGAUAAUUGUAUGUGGGGUACAGAGAUGGGGCAGUCAUUUAAAAAUCAUGUUAACCGCUGUUAUUGCACACAGAGUAAGUUCAUGCAACUUAUUAUGUGAUUUGUUAAGCACAUUUUUACUCCUGGACUUUAGGCUUGCCAUAACAAAGGGGGUGAAUACUUUUAUAAGCAAGACAUUUUAGUUAUAAAAAAUAUAUAAAUCAAUUGUAAACAUUUAUAGUAAUUUCUCUUCACUUUGUCACUCUUUUGUGUAGAUAAGUGACAAAAAAAAUCACUAUUAAAUCCAUUUCCAUCCCACUUUGUAAAUCAACAAAAUGUGAAAAGAUCAAAGGUUGGGUGAAUACUUAUGAUAGGCACUGUAAAGGCGUCCGCAUUUGUGACUUCAGUGAGGUUUUUUUCUACCUUAGGUAGAUGUAAAAUUGUGCCACAAAGAUCUCCUCGGCAAAAAUGUCAAAAUGAAUGACAUAUUUCUUGAGUUAUUUUAGAUUAAUUCUGACUAUUUUGAGGAAGUGUAUACUGGCUACGGCGUCUCAGAAUGGACAAACAGUACUAUUGCCUAUUUCUUCUCAGCUUUCAAGCAGUCUUUUAAGGGAGUAUGCGAGCACACUCGUUCGGUUAGGCUAGCCGAGUUCGGCUAGGCGCCAGCCGAACUGAAGCAUGCUGACGCCUUAAGAGGUGGCCUGGUUACUGGGGUUACCCUCAUGUAGAGCAGCCUGUCAUUGGACAGUCCUUGUGUGAGAAUGUUCCACUUUCCCCUCACUGCCUGUUGAGCUGCUGCACACCUAAAAGGGUUAUUCGGCUGUCCCCAUAGGAGAACCCUUUGAAGAACCCAUUUUGGUUCCAGGUAGAACUCUUUUGGGUUCCAUGUAGAACCUUUUCCACAGAGGGUUCUACAUGGAACCAAAAUGGGUUCUACCUGGAACCAAAAAGGGUUCUGCCUGGAACCAAAAAAGGGUUCUCCAAUGGGGACAGCCGAAGAACCCUUUUGGAACCUUUUUUUCUAAGAGUGUGCUUCUCCACUUCCUUAGAUAAGGGAAGAGCUUAUCCCUCCCUCCUCCCUCCCUCCUUUCUCUCUUCCUCUAUCCCUUUAUCCUCACCCCCUGCUUUGUCUCUGGGGCUAUAUUGGCUAUGUAUGGCCACCCCCUGCUGCAAAUGCACACACACACACACACAAUUCCUGUAGACAUCAGAGGUAGACCGUGGGCACUCACUCCGCCUGCCCGAUGAACCGCUGUACCUGUUACCUCCAGGCAGUGCCGUUGUCAUGACAACCCCAUCAUCAGUUGUCAACACACUGAGUGCUUCAGGUUACCAUGGGUACAGGAGCUCAGAGCCACAAUGGCGUAUAACCUGCCCAGAUUAAGGCAGCACCUGGCCCAAGGUCACUUAACCGCAGCAUCGCAUUAGUGGAAACCAAGACUGUUUUCAGGGCAGACCUGGUUGUAGCUAGAUAUGUUUGAGUCUGCUAGUCAAAACCGGCAGUAAACCCCCCCCCACUCCAUGCUGCCUCAGGCCCCCAGGGUGCACCUGAACACAUAGCUCCGCUACACUGUGUCAGUGCUGAGCAGUUCUAUUUCCAGACGGGGAAAGCAUUGGCAUCAGUGCUCUUAGGGUGAGUAGGAAUCAGGGCUAGGGACCAGAUUCAAUCAGAUCGCUUUUUGUCCUCUAUGUAUGUUUUAAAGGCAAAGUUCAUGGAGACAAUAAAGGCAAUGUUCGUGGAGACCAUAUUUACUGUAAAUGCUGCAUAUGUUGGCUCAAUCCAAAAUUACCUUUAAAUGUCAAUCUCGAUUUUAAAAAAUUAUAAUAACAUAAUUCCCCUUUGACAUUAUGGGGUAUUGUGUGUAGAUCAGUGACACAAAAUCUAAAUUGUAUCCCUUUUAAAUUCAGUCUGUAAUACAACAACAUGUGGAAAACGCCAAGGGGUGGGAUUACUUUCUGAAGGCACCUAGAGCAGGGGUAGGCAACUAGAUUCAGCCGCGGGCCGAUUUUUGUCGGAGUCGAUGGUCGGGGGUCGGAACAUAAUUAUAAUAAUUUGUACACUGCAAUUUGACCCAAACUAAGCCCAAAAAGAGAUUGUAUUUGAAAAUAACAAUAAUUUCAUACCUUGAUUACAUUGAGACACAAUCACAUAUGUCUCUUUUUUAUUUGUGGGAAUACUUGGGAACAGAUUUCAUAAAUGUUUUGAUGAAUUCCUGGUGAUUUUCCAGUCUUUUUUUUAAGCAAAAGUAAAAUCUUAGUAAAAACUGUGGGAGGGCCAAAAAAUUUAAAUCACUGGCCGGUUUUGGCCGACCACUGACCUAGAGAGUACCCAGAUGUAGAAAUGUGAAUAUUACGCUUCCGAUUUCCCUCUAAUUGUGGCCAUUGCAUGGUUUUGAAUGUUACAAAAAAAUAUGACUGGUCACCAAGCCACAGUUCCAUCGAGGAGGUUUGAGCGCAAUAGUAGCUUCAUGGGUCGUUCUACGAAAUGAGUGCCUUUUGCAUCCCUUUGAUAUAUUUUUGUGUGUGUAUUUUACCCCCUUUUUCUCCCCAAUUUCAAUCUUGUCUCAUCGCUGCAACUCCCCAACUGGCUUGGGAGGCGAAGGUUGAGUCAUGCGUCCUCUGAAACAUGACCUGCCAAACCACGCUUCUUAACAGCCGCCCGCUUAACCCGGAAGCCAGCCGCACCAAUGUGUCGGAGGAAACACCGUUCACCUGACGACCGAGGUCAGCCUGAAGGCGCCCGGCCCGCCACAAGGAGUCGCUAGAGUGCGAUGAGCCAAGUAAAGCCCCCCCCCAACAUUUCUCCAAGUUUUCACAUUAUUAUUUAUUUCUUAUGAUUAAUAAUACAUUUUAAGAUAAAAAACUAAACAAAAAAACCUGUCCCUCAUUUUAAGGUCAACCCUGUUACGUGAACUGAACUCUCAUUUUAAUAUGGUGAAACUUUUUCUUUUAAAAACAAAAAAUUCAAAAGAAACAUUGAACAUCUAAUAGUCUAAUUAUCAGCAGGUAAUUAGACUAUUAGAUGUUCAAUGUUUCUUUUGAAUUUUUUGUUUUUAAAAGGAAAAGUUUCACCAUAUUAAAAUGAGAGUAGAGCUGGUUCUACUCUUUUUGGCAAUUUUCUGUUGUUUUGUGGUGGAAACCUGAGCGGGUCAAGCAUAACACGUCAACCCCUUUACCCAUAAAAUGUUUUCACAAUUUCAAUGUUUUUGUGAACCUUGCAUUCAAUUUCCCCUCCCUAUUACACACAACAAGCUUCCAUUCCCCCUGCCACAAGGGGAUUUAUGACUGAUUUAAGAUUAAAUCGUCAACCCUGUUAAUUUAUUUGGCGCUUAAUAGGCACUUACUAUAGUAUUAUUUAUUUUGUACCUCUUGAGAUGGGAAAACUUGUUUUUUAUUAAGUUGAACAUGUGCUCUUUAUGACACAAAGCUACACUCUUCAAACGGCACCUAAUUGUUGAAACGACCCAGCUACUUACUGAUUGACGCAGAAUCACUCAAUGGAUUUUCCCCCCGACAGGGACAUAGAUUGAGUUUAGACAAACAGAUCUAUACUGGCACAUCUGGAGAGGGAGAGUAUUUGUCAGACACUUCUCAUCUGAUUUGUUGCUUUUCUUUUCUUAUUUGGGUUGAGGGGACCAGGACCAUUGGAACAACAGAAAGAUGACAUAUUGUAUAAGGAGCUUCUAAAUUAAUGUGGUAUUUCACAUUUCAAGUAGUUUCUUUGUCUUUUGUUGUUUUCUCAUCAGUCAAGUAAGGAUUUCACAAUGGUUGUAUACAGUCUUUAAAAAGCAUUGUACUUUUAGCAGUGAUAGUCAAUAUAACAACGCUUCAAAUGGGAUUUUUCCACUAGGUCUCUGAGCCAAGUUGCUAUGGGGAUUAGCCCCAAUGUGACACCUGUGGUAUAGGAAUCACGUUAGGACUAGUUCAAUAUUUUGAUUGCAAUAUAAGAUUGAAUUUAAACAGUUUGACAUUGCGUUUGAAUCAAUCCAGGGGCUUCACCCUUGUUAGCUCACCAAGAAAGGGCUACUGUAUGGAACUAGAUUUUCCCCUAUGUAAACAUAUUAAAUCUCCCGUGGUAUCUACUGUUGAUACAAUGGAACAACAUGAGAGCUCUGCCAGGCUCAAGUGCGAGGACUAGAUUUCAUAAUACACUCAACGCUUGGUAGAGUGCCUAUACACAACUAAAAGAGCCGUAAUGGAGUGGUGGCAGAACAAUGCUCAGGAUCCCCCAAAAGUGUUAGGAAACUCCCCCAUUUUGGAUCCCAAAGGGUGGCUGGGUCACUUAUCCCUCAGAAAAAAAAUAGGUUACGAAACAAGCAUUUGUUUCAUCAUGGCAGCUUUUCUACUCUGCUGAACUGAUUAAUGACUGAUCAAAAAGCCUGGGCGGCCAAACUGAUAGUAAUUACAUGAGAGCCGUUGAUUAUGACAGUGUUCAGUCAGUGGAGCGAUUGGAACGUGGAUAAUGAACAGGCCUGUCUCAGGCCAAAGUACAGACAGACAGAUUUCCACUCUGGGAUUGGUUAAAGCUGGUCGAUGGAGGGAAUUAUUUCAGACAGUCAAAUGAAUUGAUAUAUGAGGUAGGCCUAAUCAUUAAAGUGAGAGCUGAUCAUUGAGGACUGUAGGCCUAAAGGCUAGUCUCAUUGGAGUAUGAUAGCUCAAGGAAGCUUGAUGGGGACGUUACAGCCACAACCUACCACACUCCAUCUUUCUCUCCAUCAGUCUCUCUCAAUCUCUAUGGUAUAUGACUGUUAUAUCGGGUUGCUAUAAUCACCCUAUACCUCCUUCCCUCUAUUCCUCCCAUGCUUUGAUCUCUCUUCCUUCCUGUUAUAACCCCUCCAUUUCCCUUUUUUUCUCUCUCUCCUACAGUAACUGCCCCUUCUCCCUGGCGGCUGCCCUGGCGCGGGCUACAGCAGACAGUGUUCUGCAGAGUGACCUCUCCAUCUACCACAUCCAGAAGACUGUUGAGGAUGGAGUAGACCCUUUCCCCCGUGAGUCCCCUGUCAGCCCGCGCCUGACAUGCAAAAUCAGGUCAUGUACUGACCUAGCUAGGCUACUGUAUGGACAGAGUUACUUUUUAUACAAUAUAUUAGCUUAAAUUCAAAGUCUUUGUCAGUUCAGGUGUUGUUUCAGUCAACACCAUGGACAAAUGAGAAAAUCACCAUUUGCUACACUCAGCUAAUAAUUAGCAUUAAAACAGUUGCGCUUCCUGGCUCACUUUUUUUAUACCACAGUUUGAUGUCAUCCACUGUCACUUAGAAUUCCCUUUACUUUGUUAGUGACAAAAUAAAGCACUGUGUGGAGCGAACAAGCGAGAGCAGAGGUCUUUUAGAAGAGAAGGGAACAGCAGUCUGAAUAACCCUGCAGCACUCCUCCUUUAAGAUCUCUGUGUUUUUGUCAGGGAGAGAGAGAGGCAGAAAGAGAACUAUAGGGGAAAUAUAAUAUAAUAUAAUAUAUAUAUAUAUAUAAUUUUGGCUCAGGUAAUUUGUGUGACGAGGUUGCUGUCUUGGAGGGUGGGUUGGUGAAAGCCAUGGUGAGAGUGGGUAAGAGGUGGUAAGAAUGGAGGAUACCAGUCAGCCCGGCCGUUUAGGCCCAAGGCAGAGGAGACCCACACAGACAAACACACACACACAGAGCUCAUACUGCUCCCUGACAGGGCUCUGAGAUGGGAUGGGAGGUUACAUUUAAAUACAGAGCCUGAGGAGUUAGGGAGAGGAGGAGAGGAAGCAGAGAAAGGGAAGAAAGGAGAGUGAGGAGUGGAGGGUGGAAAGAGCAAGUCCUUAGUUCCACAAAGUGGAGCAGAGAAUUCACUCAACAGGACGUCGUCCAGAUAUUCAUUACAGUGGGCAUGGGGCUAUGGAAUCUUAAGGCUCUUACGAUGAAUCUACAGGACUCUAUAGGAAGCAUCAGAGCUUCUCAAGACGAGUCAGUACCCAUACUAUCCUGUAAGUUACUAAUGAACAUUUAGUGAACCCUUCGCAACGAAGAGCCCGUCCUCUCCAGUUAAAGUGCCACCAACCUCCUGUGAUGGGAACAUCAUAUAUUAAGAUGUUUUAAAACAUACAGAAAUAACAAACAUCCACAUUGAAGCUCAACUGAAUGUUUGAUGAGUUCCGUUCUAAUGCGGCAGGUAGUUUAGUGGUUCCUGCAUUGGCCCAAUAGCCGAAAGAUCGCUGGGUCGAAUACCCUAGCCGACAAGGUGAAAAAUCUGUCGAUGUGCCCUUGAGCAAGGUACUUAACCCUAAUUUGCUCCAGGGGCGUCGUACUACUAUGGCUGACCUUGUAAAACAACACAUUUCAUAAUAUACAGUACCAGUCAAAAGUUUGGACACACCUACUCAUUCAUUUUACUAUUUUCUACAUUGUAGAAUAAUAGUGAAGACAUCAAAACUAUAAAAUAACACAUAUGGAAUCAUGUAGUAACCAAAAAAGUGUUAAACAAAUCAAAAUAUAUUUUAUAUUUGAGAUUCUUCAAAUAGCCACCCUUUGCGUUGAUGACAGCUUUGCACACACUUGGCAUUCUCUCAACCAGCUUCACUUGGAAUGCUUUUCCAACAGUCUUGAAGGAGCUCCCACAUAUGCUGAGCACUUGUUGGCUGCUUUUACUUCACUCUGCCGUCCGACUCAUCCCAAAACAUCUCAAUUGGGUUGAGGUCGGGGGAUUGUGGAGGCCAGGUCAUCUGAUGCAGCACUCCAUCACUCUCCUUCUUGGUAAAAUAGCCCUUACACAGCCUGGAGGUGUGUUGGGUCAUUGUCCUGUUGAAAAACAAAUGAUAGUCCCACUAAGCCCAAACCAGAUGGGAUGGCGUAUCGCUGCAGAAUGCUGUGGUAGCCAUGCUUGUUAAGUGUGCCUUGAAUUCUAAAUAAUUCACAGACAGUUUUAAGGACAUUACAUCAAAGUUGGAUCAGCCUGUAGUGUGGUUUUCCACUUUAAUUUUGAGGGUGACUCCAAAUCCAGACCUCCAUGGGUUGAUAAAUUUGAUUUCCAUUGAUAAUUUUUGUGUGAUUUUGUUGUCAGCACAUUCAACUAUGUAAAGAAAAAAGUAUUUAAAAAGAUUAUUUCAUUCAUUCAGAUCUAGGAUGUGUUAUUUUAGUGUUCCCUUUAUUUUUUUGAGCAUUGUAUAUACUCUAUAUACACUGAGUGUAGAAAACAUUAAGAACACCUUCCUAAUAUUGAGUUGCACCCCCUUUUGCCCUCAGAACAGCCUCAAUUCGUCAGGGCAUGGACUCUACAAGGUGUCGAAAGCGUUCCACAGGGAUGCUGGCCCAUAUUGACUCCAAUGUUUCCCACAGUUGUCUCAAGUUGGCUGGAUGUCCGUUGGGUGGUGGACCAUUGAUACACACAGGAAACUGUUGAGUGUGAAAAACUCAGCAGCAUUACAUUUAACAAUAUAAUCAUAGUGUGAAUCCUCACAGGCAAACCAAAGAUAGGGGAGAGAGACAUGAGAGGGCAGGCGUGCAGACAAUAGGUGACCAACUCCCAUGAAAUCUGGUAGGAGCGCAGUCUGCAGGACACAGACGGAGACGGUGUGGAAGAGAAAAUGUCAGCCGUCCCCUUCGGGAAACCCAGCCGGAGAGAUCACUUCAUCAUGACAUCCUCUUUUCCCCUCCUCCCUCCAUCUCUCUCUCCUUUGCCCCAGCCCCCAACCCAUUCGCCAGAUGGCCUUUCUUGCCCACUUGUCCUUAAUUCCACUGGAACCAUCUUCUCUGUUCCUUUGAGCUGUUUCCCCUUGUAUUCCCCGUGUAAGGCCUCAAUGUUAACUUACAUGAGUGGCUUUGGGUUCAAGUGUGACAGAGCUCUAGUAUGGAAAACAGGGGUCCCAGACUACUGGGUCAAUUGGGACUGACUGCACACAAAUGUGUGUGUGUGAGUAUGUGUGUAUGAUUGUGUGCACAUGCAUGUGUGUGUGUGUGAGAGAGCGAGAGAGCACGCAUUUGGGCAUAGGAGCACACUGCUAUGCCUUUCUUUGGUUGCAUGUGAGACUACAUGCGUGUAUAUUAUUUUGCACAUUAUUUUCAUGUGAGUAAAUGUGAAUAUAUGCAUCUGUAGGCCAUUUUCUUCACCAGUGCACUAAUGCAUGCAUGUAUAGUGUAUACUGUACUGUAUGUGUGUGAGCCUGUGGUCUGAUCACAUGCCAUUUGUGUGUUUGUGCAUGCGUGUGUCCUCUUUUAGAGAUUGAGUCAGUGGCCUUUUCCCGGCUCAUCUUCAACAAACUGUGUGAAACAUGCUGCCUGUGGCUGAAAGACUUCCCUUACCGCCGCCGGCCUCAGCCCUACUACGAGACCUCCAUCCACGCCAUCAAAAACAUGCGCCGUAAGAUGGAGGACAAACACAUCGUCAUCCCCGACUUCAACACUCUCUUCAACAUACAGGUAAGCAUGAACAGAGUAGUCCUUAACCACAGGUCUAGGAUCAGUUCAACAUACAGGUACGCAUGACUCCAGCAUGUCUCUACGUUGAUGAGGAGAGAAGAUUUCAAUCACAGAUCUAGGAUCAGAUUACCCUUCAGUUCUAACCAUAACCAUUAGGGGGGGUGUGGACUCGACUCUUUAAAUUCAAUUACCAUUGAAGGGGCAUUUCUGAUAAAGCAUAAGAAGAAGGGGUGGGAAAGGAGGGCUCUAGCACUACUAUAGUUCUGCCCUAUGGCUUCUCCCUAGUGGCCUUAAAAGUGCUUACUCUAAAAGAGCUCGCUGGAAACCCCAAGACACACAGCGUAUGGAAUCCUAAUGAGCACAAAAUCAAUACCUUGUUCUUGACUACAUUCAUAAGAUACCCUCCUAUCGAAGAUGGACUUCAGGAUUUAAGUCCUUGUUUGAAUGUUUCUUAGCAACAUUUGGCCUAACACUUGAUGCAAGAACAAUAAUACACAGUAUUACCAUGUGAUGUAGCACAUUUCAAUUCAGGAAGUAAACUGACAUUUCUCAUAGAGAAGCAUUGAGGAAAAUUUAAAUGGAAUUGACCCCAACCCUGUAGAGGCACUCAAAAUCAUUGUCCACUGGCUAAAAAGAGACCACUUCAUUCUUCUGUGUAUAUCAGCUAAUUAAGAGACUAAGUGGGCUAACCCAGUAGGCUAACCCAGUGGGCUAACCCAGUGGGCUAACCCAGCUUCCCUGCUGGGAAGCUACCAUCUCACUUCACUAUGGGGAGAAGAUCAAUAAAACUCCACUAUCCAAGUUAUUCCUAAUACAGCCCCAAUGAGAACAGUAAAUAAUAGCACGGUAGGUGGAUGCCAGUGAAUGAAAUGCUUCUAAUAGCAUUAUUGGCCACAGUGCUCUAGCAUGCUCCCUCAGGCACGAGGGAAAUUAUUUCAAUGAAGUGGAACAACACACCCUCACUCACACACACACACAAAAAGAAGACUGACACACACACACACCACACCCCAGGCUGAUAAUGGCAUGUUAUCUGAGCCACACAGUGUCAAUUAGAUCUGUCAUUGAAAUCAUAUACUUAUUGGUUUGCCAGUCAUCCCCAACGAUUAUGGACACUUCCCUCACGUCCCUUCUGAACCAACUGGCCAAUGAGACGUCCCAGACAGGCAGGUGCACAAGCUCAAAGAUCCUCAUAUAAUGAGAUAAUUACAGUAUUCCGUCGGAUCAAAUGUUUAUCCCAUUCUAUUAAGUGUGCUAGUGGUGGGUAAGCCUGCUAAUUGGCAAUCAACCCCAGUUAAUUAAAGCAGAUGGAUGAGUGGAGACACAAACCGGUUAUAUUUGGAUUUGCAUAUUCGCGACGAGGCACUACACAUGCCAUUCAUGGAAAACGCACAACGUCACGAGAGUGACACGCAACUACAGUGGGGAAAAAAAGUAUUUAGUCAGCCACCAAUUGUGCAAGUUCUCCCACUUAAAAAGAUGAGAGAGGCCUGUAAUUUUCAUCAUAGGUACACGUCAACUAUGACAGACAAAAGGAGAAAAAAAAAUCCAGAAAAUCACAUUGUAGGAUUUUAAAUUAAUUUAUUUGCAAAUUAUGGUGGAAAAUAAGUAUUUGGUCAAUAACAAAAGUUUCUCAAUACUUUGUUAUAUAUGGCAAUGACACAGGUCAAACGUUUUCUGUAAGUCUUCACAAGGUUUUCACACACUGUUGCUGGUAUUUUGGCCCAUUCCUCCAUGCAGAUCUCCUCUAGAGCAGUGAUGUUUUGGGGCUGUCGCUGGGCAACACGGACUUUCAACUCCCUCCAAAGAUUUUCUAUGGGGUUGAGAUCUGGAGACUGGCUAGGCCACUACAGGACCUUGAAAUGCUUCUUACGAAGCCACUCCUUCGUUGCCCGGGCGGUGUGUUUGGGAUCAUUGUCAUGCUGAAAGACCCAGCCACGUUUCAUCUUCAAUGCCCUUGCUGAUGGAAGGAGGUUUUCACUCAAAAUCUCAUGAUACAUGGCCCCAUUCAUUCUUUCCUUUACACGGAUCAGUCGUCCUGGUCCCUUUGCAGAAAAACAGCCCCAAAGCAUGAUGUUUCCACCCCCAUGCUUCACAGUAGGUAUGGUGUUCUUUGGAUGCAACUCAGCAUUCUUUGUCCUCCAAACACAACGAGUUGAGUUUUUACCAAAAAGUUAUAUUUUGGUUUCAUCUGACCAUAUGACAUUCUCCCAAUCCUCUUCUGGAUCAUCCAAAUGCACUCUAGCAAACUUCAGAUGGGCCUGGACAUGUACUGGCUUAAGCAGGGGGACACGUCUGGCACUGCAGGAUUUGAGUCCCUGGCGGCGUAGUGUGUUACUGAUGGUAGGCUUUGUUACUUUGGUCCCAGCUCUCUGCAGGUCAUUCACUAGGUCCCCCCGUGUGGUUCUGGGAUUUUUGCUCACCGUUCUUGUGAUCAUUUUGACCAUUUUGACAUUUUGAGGACAGAGGAGCCUCUUAAAGAAGAAGUUACAGGUCUGUGAGAGCCAGAAAUCUUGCUUGUUUGUAGGUGACCUCCAGGUGAUUUUCUGGAGAAAAAAAAUCUAAUUUUGUCUGUCAUAGUUGACGUGUACCUAUGAUGAAAAUUACAGGCCUCUCUCAUCUUUUUAAGUGGGAGAACUUGCACAAUUGGUGGCUGACUAAAUACUUUUUUCCCCCACUGUAUGUUGUAUACGCAAUGGUCAUUUAGAAUUUACUAUGACCAGUUAAGUUUGUUUAUGGAAGCUUGUUGUAAAGAUGAUUGAGAUUGGACAGAUGAAUGCUUUGCAUUGCUUCAUACUCUGAUGUUUACAAAGCAUGAGAGUCACUAUCAUGUUAGAACAAGUGAUGACUUCAAUGAAGGGAAGAAAUAAGAGUGCUUCCUGAAAGUAUUGAAGCUCUAAGACAUUGCAGGCUCACCCUCUGGUCAUACUGUUUUGACCAUUGACCUGUGUGUUUGUUUUCAGGACCAGGAGGAGCAGGCCUUCUUUGCCGUGUUCGAUGGCCACGGGGGCGUGGACGCCGCCAUCUACGCCGCCAACCACCUCCACGUCAACAUGGUGCACCAGGAGUGCUUCAGCCAGGAUCCGGGGGAGGCCCUGUGUCGCGCCUUCAGAGUCACUGACGAACGCUUCAUCCGGAAGGCUAAGAUGGAGGUAAGGGCUCAAACAUUGGCCGCAUUCAUCUUUAAGAUUUAAUUUCAAUACUACUGAUAUUGUAGAACUGCAGAGAGGCAAGGUUAGAGCUAGAGUUCAAAUGUCUGAGCAUUUCUUAUUUGUUAUUACUGUUCAGAAUUUGCUUAUAAUAUAACAUUUCUGUGAAUCAUAGUAAACAGUUACUCAUGUUUUUAUGUCUAAAUGUAUGUGUUUGUGUGACAGAACCUGCGCUGCGGCACCACGGGGGUGGUGACCUUCCUGAGGGGGCGGACCCUGUACGUGGCCUGGCUGGGGGACUCUCAGGUCAUGCUGGUCAAGAAGGGCCAGGCCGUGGAACUGAUGAAGCCUCACAAGCCUGACAGAGAGGUAACGCACACACACACACAACACACACUCACUUAAUCACUGUUCACUUCACACACAGGCGCUAACAUCACUUGAGCAGAGAGAUGUCAUAUACAACCACAUACCAUUAUACAUAAUACCAUCUUUCUCUCUCCCUCUGCAGGAUGAGAAGCAGCGUAUUGAGGCUCUGGGAGGCUGUGUCAUCUGGUUCGGCACGUGGAGGGUUAAUGGCAGCCUGUCCGUAUCCAGAGCCAUAGGUACACCAUUAAUCACCCUAUGCCUUGUAUUUAUAGAAUUACCAUAUAUAGUACAAUAUACAGACUGUAGCUGCUGUACCACGCCUGUUGCUGAGUCCCCCGAGUGAGUGAGUGAGUGAGUGAGUGAGUGAGUGAGUGAGUGAGUGAGUGAGUGAGUGAGUGAGUGAGUGUGUGUGUGCGCUACCUUGGUCAGAAUUGAGAGGUCAGCAAGGGGUCGGAGUAUGUCGUGCAGAGAGUGAGUAUGUGUGUCGUGCAGAGAGUAUGUGUGUCGUGCCGAGAGUGAGUAUGUGUGUCGUGCUGAGAGUGAGUAUGUGUGUCGUGCAGAGAGUGCGUAUGUGUGCUUGCAUGCUCAGCAUGAAAGCAACUCACCACUUAGCAGGAGGCCCAUAAUCAGUCUAAACUAUUUUGGUGAGCGCCAGAGCAGAGGUCAUGACAGAGUCUUAGGGGCCACAGCCAAGGGCCAGCUGACACAGUGCCGAUUGGGAGACAAAUAGCAACCCAGAGGUGGUGGGGUGAGGGUUGCCUGUACCUAUAUGCAUACACAAGUGGAUGUAACUUUAGGUUAGGUGACCAGUCUGAUUUCCCAGCAGCUAUUUAAAUAUUAAUGGGAUUAGAUAGAACAAUCUCACAGCUCCCAUACUACAACAUCACAAUCACAACAAUACUGGACUCUACAUAGGAAUUCACUGUAAAGACUGCCUUUAGAAUCCGUCCUGUACCUAUUCACAUACACAACAGGGUUGGGGUCAUUUGAAUUUAAGUCAUUCUAUUCAGGAAGGGAUUUUAAUUUUUUUAAAGCACAAAAAAUAAUAAUGUUGGAAAUCGAAAUAAAUAGCUUAGGUGCGCUUUUUUCAAUUAUUGAUUUGGAAUUUCACUUAACUUCCUGAAUUGACUGACCUCAAUUCUAAUUGACCUCCAACACUGAUUCACAAGGCAACUUGAGGCUAGCUUCUUGUCUUAUUUCCCGGUAGCUAUUUUAGUGGUGGCUAGUGAGGAAGCCCUACUGUGACCUGCUGUUCCCAAAUCCUAAAGCUUCACUAAUCUGAUAUCAAAACAACCGUUUCCUCGACAGCAAAUAAUGUAGAUGCUACAUUAGAACUGUUUCCUACUGCGUGAAGGAGAGGAGAGAGGACAGAUAUUGCUACACUGAUAUUCGUUUACAUGUUUAUAUAAAUACAUUAGUCACAAAGGGCUGAACAGAAAGCAGAGUUGACAAGGCGGCAAGCAGCAGAUAUUAUAUUAUUUAUUAUUAUUUAUUAAAUUAAAAUGUAUUAUUUGUUUUUCAAAACAGAUGCAUACCCUGGUGGACUUGACAGAUACAGCAGCACUGAAUAUUAAAUUAAAUUGUUGUCAGCUCUUUGGGGGGUUUAGGCCCAGGUUGCUGUUCAGCACCUUGUGGCAAUUUUUUAAAAUAAAAAGUGCUUCAAUUAGAUUUUGUUUUGCAAUAAAUGCAAUUAUAUGAUUUGUUUCCUUUGUUUCUUAUCUCUCUUUGUCUUGGUGAUUGACAGGCGACAAUGAGCACAAGCCCUACAUCUCUGGCGAUGCCGACCACCACAUAGUCCCAUUGGACGGCACGGAGGACUACCUGAUCCUGGCCUGCGACGGCUUCUACGACACAGUCAGCCCUGACGAGGCGGUGCGUGUGGUCAGCGACCACCUGACGGAGAACAGCGGCGACAGCACCAUGGUGGCACACAAGCUGGUGGCCUCGGCCCGCGAUGCUGGCUCCAGCGACAACAUCUCCGUCAUUGUGGUCUUCCUCAGAGACCUCCGUGUGCCCCCACCAGGAGAGGAGGAGGAAGAGGGGGCAGGGGAGGAGGGAGAGGACGAGGAAGUGGAGGAGGAAGGGCAAGGGGACAUGGGCUGCCAGGACGGGGGGAAGGGUCACUGUUUCCUGCAGCAGUGCUCCGCUCCGGCCGACCUGGGCUAUGAAGACCGCAUGGACUCGUUGACGGACAGAACCAGCCUAGGCCUGCUGGGGCCCACGCUGGGAGAGGAGGGUCGGAUCAGGUUCCCCCUGGCCAGCUCACACCAGUCCCCGUCCUUAGGCCUCACCCAGAACCUCAUGCCUGCCGAGGGCCAUGGAGCGGCCUGGCUGCCCUGCCUAGAAGAGGGGUUCCAGGGCUCCAAGCACAAGCCCCGGCCUAAACCCAGAGUCCCCGCCUGCCAGAAGCCCAGCUCAGACGGACAAUGGCCCCUGGCGGCCGCCCUGUUUGGCCACGCGGGGAGGCACACCCGGAGGAUGGAGUGCAUGAGCCCCAGGUGGGGGUGGGGGUCCCGGCGUUGGGGCCGAGCCCCCAGGGAGCUCCCCGGCCUGCUGCACUCCACCCGUAGUGUGUCCUACCCCCAGCGAUGCCCCGAGAGGAGGCCUGGGGUAGCCCUCCCCCACUUGCCCGACUGCAGCAGUGUCUGAUGAUGUGAAGUAAUCUCCACUCGCUCCUCUCUCUCCUGCCCCUUCCUUUAUCUGACUACAGUCAUCCAUCCAUCCAUCCAUCCAUCAUAAGCUCCUCAUCCAGGAUACUGGCACAACCCCCCCACCCCCCCCACACAUGCACCUACCCAUCCCCAUAGCCCC